AUGUGUACAUUUGCUUUGCUUUUUGGUUCACUUUGGAUGGCCUAUGAUCAUUGCCAUUCCAAGUCACUUGGGCCUAUUACUGUCAUGUCUAUUGUUGGGCUUAUAGCAGGGAUUCUUGUGUUUAUUUCAACUUCAGUUACUGCUAAAAAGGGCUAUGUUGGAGCUGGAAUGAAUCCAGCUAGGUGCUUUGGAACUACUUUUGUUAGAGGAGGCCACAUUUGGAAUGGGCAUUGGAUCUUUUGGGUUGGGGAUGGACUUGCCUGUUUUGCUUUCUACGUCUAUAUAAAGAUCAUUCUUUCUAAUCAUUUCCAAACUGAUGGAUACAAGCAUGAUUUCUUAGCUAUAAUCGAGGCAUUGUUCAAUCAGAGAUAG